AUGGAAUAUGAAGAGGAUGAUGAUAUUUCCUUUGCAAAAUGGAUGAGCAGCUUCUGGGGCCACAACUUGAUCGAUGAUAAUGACAAAGAGGGUAGAGGCCACAAGAAACAUCAGACUCGACUCUUUAGUGAAAGAAGAGCCUCCCUUCCGGCCAGGCUUUCCUCCCUCCACACAACACGAUUUCAUGCUUCUACCAAAGGUUCAUCUUCAGGCCAUCUCAAGGGCUCCAAGGAAUUUCAAGAUGACCAGGACGUCAAAUGCCACUGCCACAUGAAGGCAAGCAGAACACCUUCAGGAGAUAACUCAUGCCCAGAGACAAGAUCAAACUCCAUCCAGGGAUUUGCAGAGUCCUUUGAAAAACAGUUGCAUCUCAAAAGCAAACGCUCAGUUUCUUUGCAACCUGAAGGUGUGAAGGAGAGAAGAGAAAGAGAAAGCUUGCAUUUGAAAAAAAGCAAGCCUCAUAAGAGAAUGGCAGAGAAAUCAGAGCGAAGGAGAGAGCAGGAAGAAGAUGAAGGUUCAGAAGCUGGACCUGCAAAACACAACAAACGAUUCCCAUCACAAGCAAGCACUGAGAAAGGAUGCAUGGGGAGCUAG